GGGCCAAGAGGGGCGGGGCGAGUCCGGCUGACUGACAGCUCGCUCCGCCGCGCCUCAGAAGGACCCGGCACCGCUCGCAACGCUCCGCGCCUUCGCAGCUGCUGCGGACCCGACGGCGUCCGCCCCCUGGCCGGUCCCGCGGGCCGCUGCGGUGAGAAGGCCUCGGGCCGCCGUGCUGCGUCCCCGAGCGGCUGGGCGGCGUGGCUGCCUGGGGACAGAUGCCGUAGGGCCUCUGGGCCUCGGGCCUCUGGAGACUCACUCAGCCUUGGUAGCCAGGAGCUCCCGACACACUUGUACGUGCUUGCAGCUUCAGGGAGCUGCUCCCUAGCCUGUGUCCAUCCUGCUUGGCAGCCUAGCCAUCAUGGAGGCCCCAGAAGUCCCUGUGGGUUCCCUGAUUGACUUUGGGACUGAACCACCUACCUCCUCUCCCAUGGAAGCAGCACCUUCAACACUCCAGGACCCAGAUGGUUCCCUAGGUGAUGGGGCAUCUGAGAGUGAGACCACUGAGUCUGCAGACAGUGAGAAUGACAUGGGCGAGUCGCCUUCACACCCAUCCUGGGACCAAGACCGCCACUCUUCCUCCAAUGAGUCCUUCUCCUCCAAUCAGAGUGCUGAUUCAGCCCCAGAUGAGGAGACCCUAGCACUUCGAGAAUUCAUGCGCAACUAUGUAGAGAAGAUCUUCUCUGGAGGGGAGGACUUGGACCAGGAAGAGAAAGCCAAGUUUGGAGAGUACUGCAGUGGCGAAGAUGGGAAAGGCCGUGAGUGGUUCGCACGGUUUGUGAGUGCACAGCGCUGCAAGUCCAAGUGCGUAUCUGAGCCGACCUUCUACCGCCUGGUGCAGUCCUUCGCAGUGGUGCUGUUUGAGUGCCACCAGAUGGACGACUUUGGGCCUGCCAAGAACCUCAUGACCAUGUGCUUCACCUACUACCACCUGGGCAAGCCACACUUGCUCCCUACAGAGCCCAGGGAGAAGCCAGCUGGCAGCAUUGACUCCUAUCUGAAGUCAGCUAACAGCUGGCUGGCAGAGAAGAAGGAUAUUGCUGAGCGGCUGCUGAAGAACACAGAGAACAUGAAAGGCUUCUUCGGGGGGCUAGAGACCAAGCUGAAAGGACCACUGGGCAGGAAAAAUGAGGAAGAAGAGAACAAACCCAAGGACAGACAGCUGAAAACUGUGACUAUGAUCAGCCCCGAAGAUGAACAGAAGGGGGAGAAGGUCUACCUGUACACACACCUGAGGCAGCAGCCCAUCUGGCACACACUGAGGUUCUGGAAUGCGGCCUUUUUUGAUGCUGUCCACUGUGAGAGGCGGAAGCGAUCCCCCACCACCAGAGGGGAUGCUGGAGAGCAGGAGGAGAAGAGGGAGAAAUGGUGCCACAUGACCCAAGAAGAGCGGGAUGACAGCCUUCGGUUCAAUGAGAACAUCACCUUCGGGCAGCUGGGCACGUUCACUCACAACAUGCUGGCCUUUGGCCUGAACAAGAAGCUAUGCAGUGACUUCCUGAAGAAGCAGGCCGUGAUUGGCAACCUGGAUGAGGAGCAAUACAAGCUGCUAAGUGACCACAUCGAGCAAAUGGCCACAGAAUAGGAGACUAUCACAUGACGUCCUCCCACGAGCUGUCACCCCAGUGAUGACCCUGCAUGACAUCAGCAGCACCAGAGCUGCUCCUUGCUGCCCUAGAACUAGCAGUUAAAACUUGAGAAGCCUGUCUCCCCCUGCCUGUGUCUGCUCUCCCUUCUAUGUACAGUGUCCCUUGGGUUACACAGCUAAAAAUGAGGGACUGUCUACCACCCCACACAUACUUAACCUUGAGCACCAGGCUUAUGAGACAGAGGAUGGAGGAAGAGGCCAUGAGCGAGGGUCCCCAGAGUUCCUGCUGAGAGCCAGGGACAUGUGGGCACAGGAGGGGGUCCACACAGCUACAAGGUAAGGACAGAACCGCUACUAUGGGUCACAGCCUGCCACUUCCUGCCACAGGACAUCCUGUGAGUGUACGCUAUGCACAGGGACCAUGGAACCUUCCUGAAAGGUAUUGGCUACCUGCUCUCCUCCAUCUCCUCAUAAACAGGGACUGGAAUUCACAGGAACUGGAAGAGAACGCAAGGGUUUUGACUUUCUUAGGGGUAUGAGCAUUCUGCCAGCCACAACUAUGUCUCAGACUCGGGAGGCCUGUCAACAGAACCUGUGGCCUGUCCUUCAAUAGCAGAGAAAAUCCUUCAGCUCCCAGACAGGAGCAAUAUGCCAUGGAAAUGCAAGAAGCAUGGGGAAAAGGUUCCUUCAGCACCUCUGGGCUGACACUUUUGCUAAGAGCACUGGUUGGAGCUGGAGCACACAGAAUGACUCUGAUUGAAUGAGGAGGCUUUGGGGAAGUGAGGUUGCCUGGUAGCUCUAGCCCACAGCCCUCUCCUCCUGAAAGACCCACAGGAAUCUGCCUCCUCUGCACUCAUGUAACCAGGCCAGAUCUGACCCUCAGCAUCCAGCUGGCUCCAGAGCUGCUGUCCCCAUCCACCCCAGUGGCUUAGGUUCCUUCUGGGCCAGCCAUUCUGGUCACUGAGCUUGAACUAGGCCUGCAGGCUCUCCUGUCAUCCUAGAUCGCCUCAUCCUUCUCUGUCCCUCACCCUUUGGUCACAUUUAGUCAAGGUCUGUCUGUGAGCACAGCGAUUCUCUCCUGACAGCUGUGUGCUUGGCUGGUGUGAGUAAGCCUUCCCUGUGGGAAGUGCCUCCCUAGGACGUCCAAGGAAGAGCAGGAUGGGUUGAAUUGUGGAAUGAGCAUUUCCUGGGUGUCAGGGGUGAUGGAGGCUGUACAUCCAUCACUGAGAAGUUCAAGCAAAUGCUGGCAGGCAGAUCAACUCCUGAUGGCAUACUAUGUGGUACUGGGGCAAGCUAGGGCAUCCACCCCAGUGUCAGGACCCCAUAGCUGUGCCUGUCUCCACUCCUGUGUUUUACAAAGGUGACAUAAAGUGAGAUCGCCCCUGCUGAUGCCUGCUAUCCUUUCUAGAUCCUCUUUUGGCUGUGCAAGCAUGGUGACCUCUCCUUGCUCCUCCCAGUCCUGGGUUAGUGUGAGUUCAGGUGUAGUAAGACAUGACUCCAAGGGGCCAUGAGAUACAUCGUUCUUGUACAGCAGCACCUGUGUGGUCUAACUUCCACCUUGCUCCCAUGCAGCCACGCACAGCUUUAAGGUGAAGAGUGCCAAUGGUUCCAGCACAUGGACUUCACAAAUGACUCUGAGACUGUCUCAAUACUGAUCUUUUGAGACAGUCAUUUAAGGAUGAAGGAAAGAUGGCCCUGUUUGGUCUGUCUCCUGUUCCUUAUUGUUGCAGAUACAGCCCUACAGAGUCGGAAAUUCUGACCCAUGUUAGACCCACAUGGCACUGUUAAGAACAUGGUGAUCCUCUAAGGACAGGGCAGCCCUGGAUGAGAUAAAGAUGCUGCAAACCUUCAAAGCUGCAGGUGCCUGGAGGUGGUUCUACCAUCGCCAGCAGAUUCCUCUGUUGGCAACUAGCUUUGGUGAGCAUUUUUCAUCUGGGAGCCUCUGGCCAGUGUCUCUUUCUGGGACUACCCCUGAGGUAUCCUGUCUUCCUCUCAUAGCUUUCCCCUAGGGCCCACCAAGCUGGCGUGAACUGGGCUCUAUUGCUAGCACCCCUUGGCCACCCUGCUUAGCUCAUGAAGCAUAAACAGGUCAGAUUACCUGGAUAAUUCCAAGCAGUAUCUCCAGUCUUGGCUGGUAGCGGCCUAGAUCUGUGCAGCCCGUUAGCAACACACUCAAGCCUUUCCGGGAUGUGACCUUCAGGGCUUCAUAAAUCACUGUCACACGCAUCAUACUGUUUGACCUCACAGGAAAAAAGUCCCCUGUUCUGAAAACAGACUAUGGUGAGCUGCCAGUCUGCUGAGGCUCAGCUUUGUUAAGAUAUUGUGGAUGUUGAAGGCAGAGCACGGCAACCUUCAGGCUGCCUCUGCUGAGUGUUUGGUCAUGGACAGAGACACGCUCUGGUAUAUUGAGAGGUCUGCAUUGUACAACUUGCCAGGCUGCGAUUUUCCUCUUCUCCAAGAAACAAAGGGACGGAGGAGCUCAGCAUCUCACAAGAGGAUGGGGUCAAAGCUGGUUUUCAAGCUUCGUCUGCAUAGGAAGGAGGUCUUCUUAGUUGGGCCUAUUGUAUAUUUAUAAUCCCUCACUCAGGAAGGGGAGGCAGGAGAAUCAGGAGUUCAAGAUCAUCUUCAGUUACAUAGGGGUUUCAAAGCCAGCAGGGCCACAUGAAGCCUAGUCUAAAGAAAAAAACCAUAAAACAGGACCUGACCUGGUCUAGAAGGAAUACUUACAGCCUGCCUGUCCCCUUCACCUGAGAGGAAACAGUGGAUACCCUGUCUCUGUUUCUGUAGUCCCAGGGACAUGGCAGGGCCCUUGGACACAGGAGGCUUCAGGGACAGCGCCCUAUUCUAGAAACACCUAUUCUAGCCACUACUCUAGCCACCAUUCUAGCCACUCCAGGUUGCUAGUGUGAGGUGCCCAGGCUUCUCUGCAGGCAACUAUAUGAAAAGCAGAGGUCUACUUGUGGUGACCUUAGUAGUCUUAGGCCAUAGACUCAGCAAACUUUGACCUUCCUGGGUCAUACCCACUAGUUGGUUAGGGAGGAAAGGUCUGGGCCUGCCCAGCUCAGGCAGCUUAAUUCUAGUUCUCAGACCGCAGUCAGACAGCCAGGGGACCUCAGAACUAGAGGAUCCUCAUGUGGGGGUAGUCUGAAGGGACUCUGGGAGGUGACGCUGGCUCCACAGCCUCAGGGAAAUGACAGGAUCCUUCUCAGCAGAGGUUCCUUGGCUCUAGGGCCCCUAGGGCCCACCAAGCCAGCAUGAACUGGGCUCUGUGGCCAGCACUCCUUGGCCACUCUGCUUAGCUCAUGAAGCAUAAGCAGGUCAGAUUACCUGGAUAAUUCCAAGUAGUAUCUCCAGUCUUGGCUGGUAGCAGCCUAGAUCUGUGCAGCCCGUUAGCCCGUUGGCCCCUACUCCUCCCACCUUGCAAGCCAGCUAGCUCUGCAGAACCUUUGCUAAGGGCUGAGCUGCCUUAUUCAUCUGUCCUGCAGAUCUAUCCUCACAGCCACAGCCUCACAUUUGUUUAGCUUAAGAACGUGGAUGCCCACGUUCAUGGGCCUCAUUGGCUGGGCCGACCUCUUGCAGGCUGGGCUCCUGAACUCCACUUCAUCAGGCCAUGUACGGGAGUACACUGUUAAGUCAGGAAGUGAGUGAAGGAUCUUUUCCAGACGGCUCACAUGUGGUGAACACACCCCUACUAAGGUCAUCCCCAUGAGAGGCGCCUGCAGAGCUUUCAUUCUGUACCACAGUCCCCCUGAAGUCCAUGGGUCAGCAUGUCACCUGCUCCUGGGGAGGGUUAGAGUCCAGGGCCCGGUGAGGGCCAGCUUGCCCUGUUGCAGGGUGAUGGGGCAGCUCAUGCCAAUGUUCUUCUGGUAGUUGGUCUGAGCUCUGAAGAGCAGAUAAGCACAGAGCUGGGAGCACCACCCCAAGUCAGGCUGUGUCCGUGAGACUUCUGAGAAAGUUGGUGAUUUCAGGGACCAGCUUCACUGCAGACUCCAGGCCCAGCCACAAGCCCUGCUCCCCUGAGCUGUAACUCCAGAGACUUUGCACUUUAUCUAGAAAGGACCCCUGUCCAUGCCUUUGAUCCUGCGCUCGUGCUGGCCCUAUCCCAUCCCUUACUCCUAGAUGAUGGGUGUGUUAAUGGAAAGGAGGAAAGAGGCCCUCCUGGGGAAGAAGGCUGGCUCGUCGCCAUCCUUGCAAGAGGUGCUAGUUUAGGGCCAGCUGGGGAGAAGAACCCCGGUCAGUGGCCUUGGACUGACACUUCAUUCAGGAUGGGGAUCCCUUAGGAGGACUGAACUGGAUGUUGGCUGCUGGGGGAUACCAGAGGCUCAGACAGCAGGCAUGCAUCCCCAUGGAGUGUAGUCGGCUGCCUAGGCUGUACCCAGUUUCCAAUGCAGCUUUCUGUGGGGAUUCUAUCUGCACAAUCUGUUCUCUCUUGGGGUUCCACACCCAUCUGUUGCUAGCAGCCCCCAGUGACGCUGUGUUUUAUAUGUUAGUUACACAACUUUGUGUCCUGCCAGGUCAUGUUCUAAAAUUAAGGUUGAGAAAGGUGUGAGGUCGAAGAUCUCAGGCAGUGCUAUUUCCUGUGAAGAAGAAGAAGAAAAAAAUGUGUAUAUAUCCAUAUAUAUCAUACCUUGGCUUGUCAGGAGGUGGAAACGGAAAUAAAUUAUCUUUUAAAAAGAA